AUGAGGACCUUUGUGAUAUUAAUUUCCGUGUGCGCUGUCGUAAACGCACAGUUUACGGAUUCUGGCGAGUCAGCUUUCGAAGAAAACUUGGAGAAUGUAGCCGAUCCGGGAAUCGGCGAGGCGAGUUUCAGCGGGUUUAAGAGCAGAGGCGAAGGCGGAGCCAGCACUGCGCGCCUCGUAGAUUUCGACCAGUCCAGCAAGGAGGCUAGGGCUUACGACGAGGACAGCGAAGUCAUAACCGGCGUCACCGAUUCCGACAGUUUUGUGAACAACGCAGACCCCUUCCGCCAGCCCAACGUGCAAGCGCCUCAAGAUCAGUACGAGUCACAAUCCGCACCGAGGCCCGCAAAUACAAGGUGCCUGGAGAAAAACGAACGCUAUCCCGUCCCAGGCAGUUGCGACAGAUACAUAGAAUGUUUGAACGGUACCGCUGAAGAAAAGCUAUGUCCUGAUGGUCUCCGCUACAACCCUAACGUUAAGUUUAACGUGUAUCCUUGCCAGUACCCGAACGAUGUGCCCUGUCGCGAACGUUCCGCUCUGCAACCCCCCCAACCGACCGCCGACUGUCCCCACCAGUUCGGCUACUUCAAGACCGGCGAUUCGAAGAACUGCACCGGCUUCAGGAACUGCGUGAACGGUGUGGGCUAUGACUUCGAAUGUCCUGAGGGUCUGGCGUUCAGCUCCGAUACGUACAGAUGCGAGUGGCCUGACCAGGUGUCGGACUGUGACGCAGAAGCUUUCCUCGGCUUUAAAUGUCCCGAGGUACCCGUUUCAAAGGAGCUUGGUCCCCCUGCUGGCUACAGAUUCUACAGAUCUUCCACUGACUGCCAGAAGUACUUCCUCUGCAUCGACGGAAAGCCGCGUAGACUGAGUUGCGGCGGUUUCUCUGCCUACGAUGAGCUCACGUCAUCGUGCGUCGCCGCGGACGAAAUCGAGUCCUGCCCCGCCGAGCUGAAGAGUGCAGCCGCUCGCUCCAGGGCCGCGGAGGAGCAGCGCUUGGCCGCCGAGGAGAUCCUGACCAAAAAGUGGCAGAGCGGCCAACCGCUCAUCAGCACGGUCGCCCCGACGCCUUACAGACAACGCCAGUACACCGCGACGCCGGCAAAGUACGAACAGUACUACAGCUCCGUAACUCCUGAGCUGUUUGGUGAUUUCGAUUCGUCGACCACCGGCGAGCCGUCGGAUGCAUACAAGGCGACUUAUAAGACGUGCCCUGAUGGUCUCCAUUUCAUCCGUGAUGUCGUGUGGCCCACAUAUCCUUGCGCUUACCCGUCAGACGCCCAGUGCGACUCCAACGACGCUCCUCAGCAAGCAAUGCCCACUGCCGAAUGCAAGCACCAAUACGGAUUCUUCGCGUCACCUUUGGCGACCCGCUCCGACUGUGGCAAAUACCGCAUGUGCGUGGAGGGCAAGGCUUUCGAAAUGGAGUGCUCGACUGGUUUGGCCUUCAAUCCUGAGACCGGUCGCUGUGACUGGCCUGAUCUUGUACCAACUUGCGACGCUGAAGAAUUCCUCGGCUUCAAGUGCCCCCCUGCCACCUACGACGAGUUCGGUAAAGCUUACGUGGUGAAUUUUGGCAUCCAGGGAAGCUGCCAUUACUUCUACUCCUGCAUGGAGGGCGUUGCCCGUCUGCUGCUCUGCGACACCGGGUACGCAUUCGACAAGACCGUCAACCGCUGCGUCGACGCUACUCGCGUCCAAUGCACGGAGGGA